AUCAAAAAACCUACAAAAACAUUGAUGUUACACAACACAAGUCAUAUCAAACACCAUUUCACAUGAGAUGGAUCAAAGCUGAAACCCCAAAGAACAUUCCCGUAAUUUCUGGGUGAUCAUGGAUACCGUCUUUAAAUUCAUCUCCCCCAAUUCCUCCCAAAUCCCCCUUAAAAUGGCCCUUAAAACGGCUCAUGUUACACGACUUCCUAAUCUAGAUCAUGUUUCCGAUGAUAUUAAUCACACAAACAAUGUUGUUGCAUUCAACACUCAUCAUCAAAAACAUCAUCGUCAAGAUGUCGGAGAUGCGGUGGUUUUUAGAAAACCGGCGGAUGAGUUUAUGGUCAUCGGACACCGAGGAACCGGGAUGAAUUUGUUGCAGUCGUCUGAUCACAGAAUGAAAAUGAUCAAAGAGAAUUCUAUUCUUGCGUUUAAUACGGCUGGAGAAUUUAAUCUGGAUUACAUCGAGUUUGAUGUUCAGGUGACCAAAGACGAUUGUCCAAUCAUAUUUCAUGACAACUUCAUCUACACUGAAGAUAAGGGUGUAAUAAUUGAAAAAAGAGUUACCGAUAUGAAUCUAGACGAGUUUCUUUCAUACGGACCUCAAAGGGAGCCUAACAAAGUGGGUAAGCCUUUGUUUAGAAAAACAAAAGAUGGGAGGAUUUUUGAGUGGAAAGUUGAAAAGGAUGAUUAUCUAUGCACAUUGGAAGAGGUGUUCACAAAAAUAAAUCAUUCCAAGGGGUUCAAUAUUGAGUUCAAGUUUGAUGAUAAUAUUUUGUACACAGAGGAAGAACUAGUUCACGUCAUACAAAUUGUUCUUCGCAUUGUAUUCAAAUAUGCUAAAAACCGAUCCAUCAUCUUUUCAAGCUUUCAGCCUGAUGCAGCUCUUUUGACCCGGAAACUCCAAAGCAUUUAUCCAGUUUUCUUUCUGACAAAUGGAGGGGUGGAAACAUAUACGGACGUAAGGAGGAAUUCUUUGGAUGAAGCAAUGAAGUUGUGCUUAGCAGGCGGCUUAAAUGGUAUGGUUUGUGAAGUGAGAUCCAUCUUAAGAAAUCCAGGAGUAAUUAAAAGAAUUAAAGACUUGAAACUCAGUCUCAUAAGCUAUGGCCAGUUAAAUAACACACGAGAGGUGGUCAAUGCACAAAUAUUGAUGGGGGUCGAUGGGGUGAUCGUUGACUUGGUUCAAGAGAUCACUGAAGUAGUUGCGAAUUUCGGCAAAGAAGUUGAAAACGAGAUUAUAAUUGACGAGGAAAACGAUGACGGGAUCAAGUGUUCAGAGAAGCAACUUUCUAGUCUUAUGAAGGUCAUUGAAAUGAAAUAUAUUUGUAGUUAAUUUGUGUGUAAAUUAUGCAUACAACCCUCUUUUUACAUUUUGUCAAUCUAUAACGUGUAGGUGGCAAUUUCAUCCAUACAUUUGUGAGUAUAAGCAUGUAGAUUUAUGUUA